UUUUAUGAUGGGAAAAGAAAAUGGUAUGGAGUUAAAGAAGAUUUUUGCACAUUACAUAACAAAUAUCAUUUUAUUAAAGCAAAUAAUGGAGAAACAAUUAUGAAAGCAUACAAAAGAAUUAAUGAUGAUGAAAAAAUAAGUGAAGAAAGUGUAUGGAUAGAUUUAGCAACAACUGGUGCUCUAAUAUUUGCAGAAAGAUAUGAAGGAGAAGCUAAUCAAUAUAAUCCAAUUGCACCAGCAACAAUAGAAGAAAAUCCUCCAAAGAAAAGUCUUCAAUAUAUAAGAUAUUUACAUUAUAAUCCACAUGGAAUUUACACAUAUUAUAAUUUAAAAUGUGCGCAAAAAAAUGGAUUAAAAGUAACAUUAAUAAAUAUAUCACCAAAUGUACUUAUUUAUAAAAGAAAUGUAUAUAUAACAGGAAAAGACAUGUUUGGUGAAUGGCAAAGAAAUGGACAAAAUUAUGGUUUACAUCCACGAAUAAAACUAUUCUUAUUAGCAUCUGCACGAAAAAGAAUAUCAGAAAUUGUGAAGCCACUAGGAGAUCAAGUAAAACGUAUACAUACAGAUGGCUUUAUUAUAGCUGAAAAAGUAGAACUUAAAACGGAAAUAGAAAUAGAUGAGCUGAAAUUUGAGAAAAAUAGA